UGGGCAUGGGAUCCAGGCUCCAGCCCUGGGGGAGAUGCCAGGCUGUGGGUACUCAGUGGAGAACUGACUCAAGGCGGUUGGCAGGAAGGACCUCACCGUGAGGAGCGCAGUGGGUACCAGGGAGGACACAGACACCUCUGGAGCCAGCCCUGCAGGGUAUCUGGGGGCCUCCUGGAUAGCCACAGCCUUCAAAUUAUCUCCAAGCUGCAGGCAGCCUCCCAAAGAGCAUCCAGGGGCCUUAGGGUGGAGAGGGCAGAUGAGGAAGCCUGAGCGGAGGCCCCACACAGCCCCACUCCUGCAGAAGCAUGAGGCUCCUUCCGUUGCACUUCUUGGCUGUGCUGGCUGCCUGCAGCUUCUCAGGGGAGCCAACAGAAGACAUCACCAUUGCCUACAAAGUGCUGGAAGUUUACCCUCAAAGCCGCUGGGUGCUUAUAACCUGCUACAGCCCUGAGGCACCCCGGCCCAUCACUUACUCUCUCAUGGCUAGCCGAGGGGUCCUGGUGGCAACAAGGGUUGUGCGUGAUGACAAGCCAGCCUCCUUCAACAUCAACAUCACGCUCAAGUCCAGCCCAGACCUGCUCACCUACUCCUGCCGAGCGUCCUCUGAUCUGGGCACCUAUGGGCCCAGCAGCUGGCUGCAGAUGUACUGGGAGCUGUGGACCAAGCCCGUGUCCCAGCUGCAGGCUGACUUCACCCUGCGUGAUGGGAACUCAGGCCCCACAGCAGAACUGUCCUGCCUGGCAUCCUCAGGCAGUCCACCCAUCAUCUACCGCUUGGUCGGGAAUGACGGGCGUAUACACGCACAGCAGAGACCCCUCCACGGGAAGCCUGCCAACUUCUCCAUCCCCCUGUCCCAGACGUUUGGCUGGUUCCGUUGCGAAGCUGCAAAUGGUGUCAGUGUUGAGAGCAGCGCCAGCGUGCUGCUGCCCCCAGGGGAGCUGCCCCUGACACCCACCUGCAUUCUGGCCGGCAGCCUGGUCUCCAUUGCCGCCAUUAGUUACGGGAUGCUGAGGUCAACCAGGUAAUAACCACGGGAGCCUGACGUUGGGCGAGAGGCCAACCACCCCCUUCAACAGCCAGGGUCCUAAGUGGGAACAGCAGGUUAGUCUUAUGAGAUGGGUUGUCAUCGAGAUACAGCAAGGAUCCAGCCUGAAGCCGCUUAUUAAAGCCAAAAGCCUACAGUGUCUAGCAUGUUCCUUUCACACCCCACCCUAACCCGGGCUCUCAGCCGACUUCUGGUGGGGGACUUCCCUAUGGGUCUCAUGAAGCCUCAAGGGACCAGAGUGAGUCAGGGGCUUCUGGCCUGCAUAGCCCCCCACAGCGGUCCCACCAGCCAACCUUUCUGCAAAGGUGAGGCCUCCCAAGUUCCCCUCUCUAAGCCUUCACAUCUCUGACAUGUACAGUGGCCAGGGCCUCUGUGUGGUCUGACUCCAGGUACCACAGAUCUCUGAGCAGAUCUUUGGGUGGUGGUCAGUUCUGUCUCCGUGAACAUCUCAGCUUGACCCCUGUUGGAGCUCCUGGUUCCUCCUCCCAAGACUAUCCAGAGGUUAGACUCUCGGGAGGGUAUGUCACCUCUCUGAGACUCAUUGUUUUCCUCUAUAAAAUGGGAGUACAGAGGCCUACCUAGCUCCUGACCGUGUGACCAGGGGCCAGCGAGUAACCUCUUGGUGAUUCAAUGCCUUUAGUGGCUUGAGUAAGAAGCUCACUGAUGCUCUUGAAACCAUAAGAUUGGGUGAGUCUGCAUGACCUGGACUGUGGACUCCCUUGUCAUCAGGUUGUGACCAGAAGACAGAGUCCCCAGGCUUGCCUCCCUGCCUACACAAGAAUUCACCACUGCUGCCUGGCGGUGGUGGCACACACCUUUA